CUAAAUUCUCCUCCUCUAACCCUCGAAACGAUGGAUGCCAAUGCCUUCUUCGUCACUCCCACUCACUAAGCUCCUCCGCUCACCCUGUCCUCCCUCUUCCGCCGCCCUCCCCCUCCUCCGCCGCCGCGCCAUGUCGUCCGCCGCCGCCGCCUCCGACCCCAUCACUCCCUCCGGCACCCGCGUGGGCUGGAUCGGCACCGGCGUCAUGGGCCGCUCCAUGUGCGGCCACCUCAUGCGCGCCGGCUACGCCCUCACCGUCUUCAACCGCACCGUCGCCAAGGCCCAGCCCCUCGUCGACAUGGGCGCCCGCCUCGCCGACUCCCCGCGCUCCCUCGCCGCCCUCUCCGACGUCGUCUUCUCCAUCGUCGGCUACCCCUCCGACGUCCGCUCCGUCCUCCUGGAUCCCUCCUCCGGCGCCCUCGCCUCCCUCCGCCCCGGCGGCGUUCUCGUGGACAUGACCACCUCCGACCCCUCCCUCGCCGAGGAGAUCUCCGCAGCCGCCUCCGCCAAGGGCUGCCACGCCGUCGACGCCCCCGUCUCGGGCGGCGACCGCGGCGCCCGCAACGCCGCCCUCUCGAUCUUCGCGGGCGGCGACCCCGCGACGGUCCACAGGCUGGAGCCCCUGUUCGCCGUGAUGGGGAAGGUCAAUUACAUGGGAGGCCCUGGGAAGGGGCAGUUCGCGAAAUUGGGGAAUCAAAUCACCAUCGCUUCGACGAUGGUGGGGCUGGUGGAGGGCAUGGUUUAUGCCCAUAAGGCGGGGCUCGAUGUCGGGUUGUUCAUAAGCGCGAUAUCGACCGGGGCCGCGGGCUCCAAGUCGCUGGAUUUGUAUGGGAACAGGAUACUGCAGAGGGAUUUCGAGGCCGGGUUCUAUGUGAACCACUUUGUGAAGGAUUUGGGGAUAUGCUUGAAGGAAUGUGAGAGGAUGGGGCUCGCAUUGCCCGGCUUGGCGCUCGCUCAGCAGCUUUACUUGUCGCUCAAGGCUCACGGGGAGGGGGAUUUGGGCACUCAGGCACUCAUUCUGGCUCUCGAGCGGCUUAACAAUGUUUCGCUCGAGAAUGCGGGCUCCUCCAAUCUAUGAGUAUGACCUCUGCUUAGUGUUCUUAUUGUGUACUUAUAUUGGUAUACAUGGACAGAUCGUCAUUUGCUAUGUACCGACAGUAAUAUUUGCCCUCUGUUGUAUUGGUGUGUUAAGAGGAGUGGAUAUCUAUGGUUGGCUAUUGAAUGUAUAA